GCCAGCUGUCUUGGCGGCAACUACUUUGUUUUGUGCAAAAAAAAAAACAUGUUGUUUGAAUAAAAACGCAGGAAUACCCAAAUAUCAGCGAUGACGCAAGAGAGCGCCAUGUACGAGGCGCUCAGGAAGCACUUUGGGCACACCAAGUUCAAGUCGGAGCUGCAGGAGAAGGCCAUCAGAUGCGCCGUGAAAAAGAAGCAGGAUGUGUAUGUAUCGAUGCCCACGGGUUCGGGCAAGUCGCUGUGCUUCCAGCUGCCCGGGCUCAUGUGCGAGAACCAGCUAACGAUUGUUUUUUCGCCCUUAUUGGCCCUCAUCAAGGAUCAGAUCGAUCACCUGACAAAGCUGAAAGUGCCCGCCGAUUCCCUCAACUCCAAGAUGACACUCAAGGAGAGGGACAGGGUCAUCAUGGAUCUGCGCGCAGUCAAGACCAACCUCAAGUUCCUCUACAUCACACCCGAACAGGCGGCUACCAAGUUCUUUCAGGAGCUGCUGCAAACCCUCCACAAGCACAAGAAGCUGGCCUACUUUGCCGUGGACGAGGCGCACUGUGUCAGCCAGUGGGGCCACGACUUCCGACCCGACUACCUCAAGCUGGGGGAGCUGCGGUCCAAGUACCCGGACAUCGUCUGGCUGGCCCUCACGGCCACCGCCUCCAGAGAGGUACGCGAGGACAUCUACAAGCAGCUGCGUCUGCACCAGCCCGUGGCCCAAUUCAGUACGCCCAGCUUCCGGAAGAAUCUCUUCUACGACAUCGUCUACAAAAACUCCAUCGAGGACGACUUUCAGCACCUGGCCGACUUUGCACAGCACUGUCUGGGGGAUGCCAAGGAGUUCAAAGCCAUGCCCAAGCCACAGCGUGGGUGCGGCAUCAUCUACUGUCGCACCCGAGAUCAGGUGGAGCGUGUGGCUGUGGGUGUGUCCAAGCAGGGCAUUGGCGCCGUGGCUUAUCAUGCUGGCCUGAAGACCGCAGAGCGUACGGGCGUGCAGGAGGCUUGGAUGCGGGGCGACCAGCCCAUCAUCUGCGCCACCAACAGCUUUGGCAUGGGCGUGGACAAGGCCACUGUUCGUUUCGUGAUCCACUGGGAUGUACCGCAGAAUGUGGCCGCCUACUACCAGGAGUCCGGGCGAGCUGGUCGCGAUGGACUACAGUCCUACUGCCGGCUCUACUACGGCCGGGAGGAUGUGCGCAGCAUUCGAUUUCUGCUCCAGAACGAUGUCCAUCGAGCGCGUGGAAGAGGCGACAAGGAACUGCUCACGGAAAGGGCGCUGAAACAGUUUGAGAAGAUCUCCGAAUUUUGCGAGCAUACGAGCUGCAGGCACAAACUGUUUGCGGACUUCUUUGGGGAUCCUGCGCCGCACUGCAACGGACAGUGCGAUGUCUGCAAGCGGCCCAAGAACGCGGAGAAGGCCCUGGAGAUGUUCCACCGCCUGUGCAUGGAUGACGCCUUCAAGUCGCACAUUUCCCUGCAGGACUGCGCGGAUCUAUAUGAAGGGGGCCGUGCGGGUGUCAAGCGUGCAGCCCAGGACUAUGCCGCCGGUGAGUCCGGCUCCGAUGACGAUUCCGGCCAGAGCCACUCGUCGAUGGCCAAGCGGGCCAAGAAGGAAACAGCGGACUUCAUACAGCAGCAGUUUAAGCUGCGCAAACAAAUCAGUGCCGCCCGGCAGCUGGAACAGGAGAAGUGUGCACAAAUUUCUCGCGUGCGUCAGGCCGAUGCCACGGAUAAGAAAAUCGCUGGCCUCCAGGCCACCCAAAGGGAGAAGUACCUCACGGCCAUCAUCGAGGCCCUUAAGGCGAAUGUGGAGAAGUGCCAGGAGGACGAGGAACAGCAGCCCCGGAGCGCCCUCCGGUACAACGAUUAUGAGGCCAUAGCCGUGGAGAUGGAGUACGAGGUGUUCCGGCAGCAGAAGGUGGCGAACAUGUAUCGGCAUGCUUUGGUGAAGCAGAUAUCCGUCAUUAAGCAGCUGACUGCGAAGACCAAACUAAUGCCCCUGCUGGCUGACUAUGUGCCCAAGCCUCAGACCAGCGCAAAGGGUGCCUGGACUGGCGGCAGUGUGGCCUACUUCGAGCGGAAACUGAAAGAACUGGAGGAGCAAAAGCCGCAGAGCCUCAAGGAGACACCCAAAGCUCUGAAGGAGAGAAAGGGCUUCAAACAGGAGAACACAACGCAGACCUCCAUUGCCAGCUACUUCAAGAAGGAGGUAAAAGAGGAACCGCUCGAGGAAGGUGCAGACGGUGCAGAGGAUCCACUGCAAGAGCCUGUGACUGUGAAACAAGAACCAGGGCCGAAGGAAGAAAAGGAGAAGAGUUCUGACAACAGUUCAGAGGAAAAAAUGGAACAGGAGAGUCCCGAGUCUGGGGCCGAACCAAAAAGCAUCGUUGGCGAUAGAGAGUUGAAUCUGAUGUCCAAUGGCGAUGGCACCUUUGAUACCCAUCGCAGAAAACGCGUCUCCCAUCAGCUGACCAAAGAGAAGAAGCCACACAAAGCCGCUCCCACCUCUCUGCCUCUGUUUGCUUCGAAGGAGGAAAGGGAACAAGCACUGACUGCCUUCAAGACGGCUCGACAAAUUCUCGAAGAGAAGCUGGAGAAACUGGAAAGCAAAACGAAUAUCCUUGGCUUUAUGACGGCCAAACAAAUGCUGGAGCAAACCCAAACAAAAGACGCAAUGGAAAGUAUAUCGAAGAGUGGGGGGUCGACUUCAGAGCUACGGAGGCCAGAGAUGGCGACAUCAGAGGGAAAAGACAAGAUAGCACCCGAAACGGAAAUAAAAGUGGAAAAGAAGUGCACAAGAGAAAGCCAAGAAAUAAACAAAGAGCCAACAGCUAGGGGAAAAGAGUCCAAGGAAGCCACAUCCCAGCGAAGAGGGCCAAAAGAGAUUAUCUCCGAGAAAAGAGACCAAGGGGAGUCGACACAACCGGAGAGAAAAGACCAGAAGCCGCCAGUGAAGCAGCAGAAGAACGAUGUCAGCAAGAAUGUGGUGCACUGGCUCAAUCCCUACUACAAGCGCAAAAUAGCCACCAAGGAGCUGUUCAAGGCCCUGGCCAAACUGAUCACUAGCCGCAUCUGCGAUGGCAGUUUAGGUGAUGGAGAUGCUUGCAAAUGCUACAUUAAGGAGACCUUUCAUGGCCUGCAGAUGAUCAGCAACGAUCAGGACAUUGAGAAAUAUUUCACCCAGUCCAAGUGAUUUUCCAUUUUGGGAACCAAACGAAUUAUUCGCAUCGGAAAUAUUGCCACCAGUCAAGCUUGUUAAGAACCAUAGUUGAAAAACCGUAUUUUUGUGUCGUUAAUGUUUCAAGUUGUAUGUAUAUAAUAAUUAAUUUGAUCAGUAAAAUAUUAAGAGGAACGACA